GCUCUGGUGCUGGUGGCCGCUCUGUGGGGUGGCACGCAGCCGCUGCUGAAGCGGGCCUCCGCCGGCCUGCAGCGGGUUCAUGAGCCGACCUGGACCCGGCAGUUGCUACAGGAGAUGAAGACCCUCUUCUUGAAUACUGAGUACCUGAUGCCCUUUCUCCUCAACCAGUGUGGAUCCCUUCUCUAUUACCUCACCUUGGCAUCGACAGAUCUCACCCUGGCUGUGCCCAUCUGUAACUCUCUGGCCAUCAUCUUCACAAUGAUUGUUGGCAAGGCCCUUGGAGAAGAUAUUGGUGGAAAACGAGCAGUUGCUGGCAUGGUGCUCACCGUGAUAGGAAUUUCACUCUGCAUCACAAGCUCAGUGAGUAAGACCCAGGGACAACAGUCUACCCUUUGAGUGGGCUGAACCCACCUCCAGCUCUGCUGCCUCCAGGAAGCCCCUGGGCCGUGAAGUGCUGGCAGUGAGCGGAUGGACCUAGCACUUCCCCUCUCUGGCCUUAGCUUCCUCCUCUCUUAUGGGGAUAACAGCUACCUCAUGGAUCACAAUAAGAGAACAAGAGUGAAGGAGUUUUGUAACCUUCAAGUGCUGUUCAGCUGCGGGGAUUUAGCACAGGAGACUCUACACUCACCCUCAGCAACCUUUCUGCCCCAGCAGCUCUCUUCCUGCUGACAUCUCAGGCCCCCAGCCCAGCCACCAUUACUGUGGCCUGAUCUGGACUAUCACGGUGGCAGGUUCCAUGGACUGCAGAACCCCAGCUGCAUGGAAAGGGCCAGCUGCAGACUUUGAGCCAGAAAUGCAAACGGGAGGCCUCUGGGGCUCAGUCAGAGCGCUUUGGCUGAAUGAGGGGUGGAACCGAGGGGAAGAAGGUGCGUCGGAGUGGCAGAUGCAGGAAAUGAGCUGUCUAUUAGCCUUGCCUGCCCCACCCAUGAGGUGGGCAGAAAUCCUCACUGCCAGCCCCUCUUAAAACAGGUAGAGAGCUGUGAGCCCCAGCCCCACCUGACUCCAGCACCCAGCACACCUGGCGAGUAGUAGCUGUCAAUAAAUCUGUGGUAAACAGA